CCCACUCGCAAUGGCACCGUUACCUUCUGUCUUCUCUGCGGUUUUUCGUGUGGCUGCUGUGGCUGCACCAAUUGUUGGGCGUGCGCUUGUGGAUGCUUACAAGCAAGCGAUGAUAAAUGCACAAGCUGGAGGGGCGGCAAGGCAGGCUGUUCUCAAGAGCUCGAAGAUGUCAAGGGAUGAAGCGAUAAAGAUUCUCAAUGUUGAGAAAGCGGCAGAUAUAGAAACUAUCAAACAGAAAUACAAGCUCUUGUUUGAAAACAACGAUCCUUCAAGAGGUGGAUCGAAGUACUUGCAGUCCAAGAUCGAGGUAGCACACAGGAUUUUAUCAGAGGGUCAGGGGGGUGAGGCUAAACAGCAGACAUGAGGGAGAGAUAGGUUAAUCUUCAAGAGGUUCAGCAAGGUCGAUCACAUUGUGCAUGUCGGACGUCCGUUGUUUUCUAUCUAAGCAUGCUGGGUUUGAGUCAGACAGAAAUCGAGAUGUGAUCAAAGCAACUGAACUGUUUUGGGGGCCAGAGAAGUGUUAUUUAUUUGGCUUUUGUCAUCGACGAUUCGUCGAGAUCCAUGGCCUCAAUGUAGCAAUUUUGUUUGGCAUCGAUCAAAUAAA